AUUAGUAUGGUAGACAGAACAAUGUCCUUGUAACUGUGUUGUCCUUUUUACUACAGUUGACGGGUCACAACCGACACACGCUACAAUAUAUUGCUAAUAUCCCACUUCUAAGACAAUGAUACAACGUUUGUACCCUUUGUCUUGUUGAUUCAGAGAAAAUGGGGUAGGAAAAAGCAAGUUUUUUUUUUUCUUUUGCAACUUCUGAGUUGUGAUGAUGAUGAUCUUAUUGGCAGAUUUUAUGAUUGUGGGGUUUGGUUGAUCAUCCAAACUGAUUCAAAGAUUUAUACUUUUUGUAGUUUUCUUCACACCCAUUUGAUUAAUUUUUGUGCUUGUUUAUGUGGUAGUAGUUGAUCAGUGUUAAACUUCAAGUUCAUCAUUCACUUGUCACCUUUGAUAUCAAAUUGUCCGAAGUUGGAACAUCUUAAACUAGAAGCUCAUAAUUUUGAAAAACUUGAGUUGUAUCCAAUUUGAAAGGUAAUAAUGUAACAUCAAUGAUGAAAGAGUUUAUAAUUUUCUUAUACAUUAUUAAGAGGAUAGGAAUGAAUAAAGUUGGAUUUCUCAUGAAACUGAAGCUGUUUGUCUAAUGUGUUAUGUUAGGUACAAGAAAUAGAAAAACAGACCGGAAGAGUCUCGGUUUUUGCCAAAUCAGAACCACCUGUAUUGUUGUUGCGCUUUGCUAGAGUUAUGGCUACCUUGUCAGAAUCUGAGUCCAGACGCUUAUAUUCUUGGUGGUGGGAUAGCCACAAUAGCCCAAAGAAUUCAAAAUGGCUUCUGGAAAAUCUUACAGAUAUAGACACUAAAGUCAAAUCAAUGAUCAAAAUCAUUGAAACAGAAGCAGAUUCAUUUGCAAGGAGAGCAGAAAUGUACUAUAAGAAGCGGCCAGAACUCAUGAAAUUAGUGGAGGAGUUCUACCGAGCAUACCGUGCAUUAGCAGAGAGAUAUGAUCAUGCAAUGGGGGAGCUGCGCCAUGCGCAAAAGACAAUGCCAGAAGCAUUUCCCAACUCGGCAUAUUACAUUCUGAAUGACGAUUCACCAUGUGGUUCUUUAGGCCCUAAUGCUGAACCGCACACAUCAGGAUCAGGAGUGGCCCUUCCGUUUCAUCCAUCAAAAAAGAAUGAUAGGAGUUCAGAAAGUGAAGUUCGAACCUUAAGGGAAGCCAUGGCCAAAAUGCAGUCUGACAAGGAUGCUCUCUUUCUUCAGUACCAGAAGAGUUUGGAGAAGUUAUCGAAAAUGGAAGCAGAUCUUAAUGAGGCACAAAAAGAUGCAGGAGGCCUUGAUGAACGAGCAAGUAAAGCUGAAAUUGAAGUCAAAAUUUUGAAGGAAGCUCUAGUGCAACUAAAAGCGGAUAAGGAAGAAAUCGAAGCCAAAAAUCUAAAGCAAGAACUUAACAAAAUGGAAGCUCAGAAGGAUACUUUUCUUGUUCAAUAUAAGCAGUGUCUUGAAAAGAUUCCAAUUUUGGAGGAAAAGAUAACCCUUGCUGAGGAUAAUUCAAGGAUGCUAAAUCAGCAAGUUGAAAGAGCAGAACUAGAAGGUAAAUCAUUGAAGAAAAAUCUUGCUGAGCUGAAUGAAGAGAAAAAUUCUCUGGCUGUUCUUUACCAUCACUGCUUGGAGAAAAUAUCUAAAAUGGAGAAUGAAAUUCUGCUUGCGCAAGAAAAAGCCGAACAACUAAAAAAUUCAAAUCAAAGUCUUCAGUUAGAGGCUGAAAAUUUAGCGCAGAAGAUAGCAUUGAAAGAUCAAGAGGUUCUAGAGAAGAAUACUGAGAUUGAGAGACUGCAGACUCUGAUGCAUGGAGAGCAUUCUCACUUUAUUCAAAUUGAAUCAGCGCUACAGACUCUGCAGAAGUUGUACUCUCAAUCACAACAGGAGCAAAGAAAUCUUGCUUUGGAGCUUAAAUAUGGGCUUCUGCUGUUGAAGGACAUGGAACUUUCCAAACAAGGUGUUAAGGAAGAAAUGAAAGGGAUUGUGGAAGAAAACAAGACUCUGCAUGAACUUAAUUUCUCUUCAACCAAGUCACUAAAAGAACAGCAAAUGGAAAUCUCUAAGUUGAAGGAGAUCAAAGACAAACUUGAACGAGAGUUUGCCAUAAAUGCUGAAGAAAGCAAUUCCCUCCAGCGUGAAACUCAUCAAAUAAAGGAUGAUAUACGGUACUUGAAUGAGAGAUAUCAGACCAUGCUGGAGCAACUGCAGAGUUUAGGUUUGAAUCCUAAUUCUUUUGCAGCAUCUGUAAAAGAUCUACAAAAUGACAACUUAAUGCUAAAAGAGGCUUGCAAAAAGGAACACAGUGAGAAAGAAGCUCUUCAUGAAAAAUCAAAGGAUAUGGAUGAAAUUUUGAUAGAAAAUGCAUUUAUAGAAUUUUCCAUGUUAAGAAUGGAUGAUGAGUUAGAUGGUUUAAGAGUAACAGUUGAGGAAGUUCAACAGUUGUGCCAAGUUCUCCGGGAAGAAAAAUCUGUUCUUGUUGAUGAGAAAUCGACUCUACUUUCACAGCUGCAAAUUAUCACUGAAAGUAUGCAGAAGCUAUUGGAGAAGAAUACCUUGCUUGAGAAGUCCCUCUCUGAUGCAAAAAUUGCGUUUGAAGGUUUGAGGACUAAAUCAGAUGAUUUGGAAGAAUUCGGCAAAUUGCUAAAUGAUGAGAAACACACUCUUCAAAAUGAGAGAAGCAUGCUAAUAUCUCAAUUGGAGAUGGUUGAGGCAAAACUAAGUAACCUGGAAAAGAAGGUUACAACUUUAGAAGAAAAAUAUGCUGAUGCGGAGAAAGACAAAGAAAGUGCAGGCAAUCAAGUAGAAGAACUCCGUGCUUCAAUGUUGUUACAAAAACAGAAGCAUUCUAAUCACAAACACUCAAGCGAAGCACGGCUGGCAAAUUUGGAGAAUCUAGUUCGUGUACUACAGGAAGAACAGCGGUUGGGGAAAGUAGAAUUCGAGGAAGAACUUGACAAAGCUGUAAAUGCUCAUAUUGAGAUGUUCAUUUUGCAAAAUUGCAUUGAAGAGUUGGAGCUGAAAAACCUGGUCUUGUUAACUGAAUGUCAAAAGCUUGUUCAGGCAUCUAAAUUUUCUGAUAAAGUUAUCAUGGAAUUGGAGAGUGAAAAUCUUAUGCAACUUAUUGAAGAAGAGUUUUUGUUGCAUAGAAUCAGAAAGUUUAAAAUGGAUAUCCAUAAAGUGUGUGGUGUUCUUCAGAUUGAUUCAGACGGAGAUUGUGACAAUGGAAACAAGCAAGAGGAAAUACCAAUAUCGCGUAUAUUGGACAAAAUCGAGGGCUUGGAAAGUUCUCUUGUGAAAAGCCAAGAGGAGAAGCAACAGACGCUUGUAGAGAACUCUAUCCUCCUUGCUUCACUUCAGCAGCAUCAAUCUGAGGGAGAAAAGCUUAAGUCAGAGAAAAUUAUCAUGGAGCAAGAGUUCGAGAACAUGAGAGAGCAGAAUGUAAUCUUGCAAAAAGAUAAAGUUGAACUUCUAGAGGAGAACAGGCAACUGAGGAUUGAAGUGGUAAAUGGAAAAGAAAAAGAAAAUAGAUCAAAAUCCGCAUUACAGGCUCUGCAAGCUGAAAUGACAGAUUUGCGGCGAACAAAUCAAGCGUUUCAAGAAGAAAAUGGUAAGAUGCUUGAGGAGAAAAAUUCAUUGCUGAAGAGUGUUGUGGACCUCAAAGAUGCACUGUCCACUUCUGAAGAUGAAAACAGUGUAAUCUUCCAUGAAGUAAUAGCUCUAAGCAACCUCAAUUUGGUUUAUGAGAGCUCUCUCACUGAGAAAGUUGUGGAACAAAGAGCACUUGGUGAACAUCUCGGUAAUCUUAGCCAUUUGAACAAUAACCUGAACCAGGAACUUGGUGUGUUAAGGAAGAACUUUGAGGUGAAAGAAGCGGAGAAUGUUUAUCUGAAGGAGUCAACUGAGAGGAUGGACAAAGAGCUGCUGGAAAUGGAUAAAAGGCUGAAAGCUUCUGAGACGUCGAAUGCAGAGUUUUCCAGAUAUAUUGAGGAGCUGAAGACGGAACAAGAAGAAUCAAGGCUGGUUAAAGAAAACCAAGAAAGGCAGAUUCUUGAAUUAUCAGAAAAUUGCAUGAAUCACAAAAAACAAACUGAACACCUUAAUGAAGCAAAUGAAACUUUACAGUCUGAGAUGAAAACACUACUUCAUGAAGUCGAACAACACAGGGUUAGGGAAGAAACACUGAAUGUAGAGUUGUUGAAUAAAGCAAAUGAGUUCAAACUUUGGGAGGCUGAGGCUGCUGCAUUCUAUUAUGACCUUCAGAUGUCAUCUAUUUGUGGAGCACUGUUAGAAAGCAAGGUUACUGAGCUUACCGGAGUUUGCAAGAGACUUGAUGAUGAGAGUUCUGCAAAAAUCUUGGAGAAUGAACACAUGAGAGAAAGAGUCGGUCUUUUGGAAAGUGAAAUUGAAGGACUGAAGGAACAGUUAUCUGCAUAUGAUCCUAUUGUUUCUUCUUUGAAAGAGGAAUUUGCAUCUCUAGAGCGUGUUUCCUUCCUUUGGACUAAUAGAAAUUCUUCUGUUGGAAAACGAGCACAAAAGGAUGUAGUGAUUGAGACUUAUGACAAAGAACAAAGCCAUGAAAGUUUAAGAGAAAAUGAAAGUGUGUUGAUACCAGACGGUGUUUCAGAUUUGCUGACUUUGCAGACAAGGGUUAAAGCAGUAGAAAAGAUUAUGACGGAAGAACUCAAAAGACGCACCAAGCAGAAAAAUAUGAUCACAGAAGCGACUGGAUAUUCGAGGCUGGAAGUUGCCACGCAUCCAAAAUUUGACAACAGAAAAAAGGUGACAGAACUUAAGGAAGAGAACAUGUUAGACCACGAUGCAUGGAGAAAAAAACCAAAAAUAAGGUUAUUGAUGAAAGACAUUCCACUUGAUCGCAACGUGGAUGAUCAAAACUCUAAGUAUUGGAAGAGAGAGCAUACAUGGACUAAUGAUUAUGUGUUAGAGUUAUGUGAACGCGGUUCUGCUCCAAAUCCAAUAGAGGAUGUUAUGAUAUGCAAUGAUUCAGACAAUUCAUCAAGAAGACUUCUAAGUUACUCCUCAGAAUUGGACAUAGAGAAGGAAUUGGUUGUUGACAAGCUUGAGUUGUCGAAAACUGUAAAAGAAAAAACUGAAGAUGACAAGAAGAGGAUCUUGGAGAAGCUUGCCUCGGACAGUCAGAAAUUAGCAAUUCUUAAAAUGGCUUUGCGAGACUUGAAAAAGAAAACUGAGACAAAGAAGAAAAGCAAGCAAGGAAACGACAUCGAAUAUGAAACAGUCAAAAGACAUGUAGAAGAAGUUGAGGAAGCUGUUAUGCAACAAGUAAGAAUGAAUGAUCAACUGUCAAAGAAUAUUAAAGAGGGAACCGCGUCUUUGGAUAGAGAGAUUCCAAGAAGAGGUUCUGAACAAAUAGGAAAGUUGCAGUUUGAGGUGCAGAACAUCCAAUACAUAUUACUGAAAUUGGCUGAGGAGAACAACAACAAAGUGAAAAAUAAAAUAUCUCGGAAAACAGGUAUAUUGUUGAGAAGAAAAUUGCGUGUUUGCGGAUGUUCAAAGCCAUCAACUGAUGAGGAUUAAGACAAAAAUUUAAAGACAGUAUGUUAAUGUUGAAAGUACAUUGUUGAUUUGCCAUUUUUCUAAAACUAGUUUAUGAAUGCUUAAUUUAGUUGGUAACAUUGGAGCUUUUAUCAUAAGAAAUAACAGAUUGCUUUACAUUUGCAUGUAUUUUUUAGCUUCCACAGAAUUGUACCGAGUGAUUUAUAUAAAAAUAUGCAGUAUAACUAUCAAUAAAACUCUACCAGAAGCUGGUUUGUA